UUUCGAAUUUCCUUUUCUCAUUUGUUUGUUCCAACAUGUUUGUUUAUCCUCUUUGGUCGUGGAGUUUUUCAAAGAUCAUGUCCACUGAAGGUUAAAUUAUGCUUGUACUCUGUGAGAACGGGGCUCUGAGCUAUUGGCUAAGUACAUAAUUGCUGUACUUUCACGAGCUGAAGUCGCUAAAUCCAGGAGUCUUUUGUCUCCCUCGGAAGAGGAGUAACCAUACUAGGGUACACUGCACUCCGCGCCAGGAUGGAUGCAGACUCCAGUUGUUUUCCUUUGAAGGACAUCUCGUCGGUGGUCGAAGUUUUCAAGGUGGAACUUGCAAAAGCAGAGCCGAACCUGGCAAAGUUAUCGAUUAUUUUGGGCUUCUUCGAGACAGCACUAACUUGUAAAGGCUCGUCGAAUAGCUGCCCUAGUCUUGACAAAGAAACGUUCGACGCACUUGGCGGUAAAUUUCAGGCUUUGAUAAAGAAAGAUUUGGACCUGAACAAAGAGCAGAAGCCAGCGACAAGGGAAUUCAUUGUACACGUCGCAGAUCUGGUCUGGAGUUGUCUCUCGAAAUCGUACUUUAAGGAUAAACCCCACAUACAGAAUCUCUACAGUUUUUUGACAGGAAAUCGACUGGACUGUUUUGGUGUUGCUUUUACAGUAGUGGCAAUCUGUCAAGCAUUGGGUGCUAAUGACGUUCAUUUAGCGCUGUCUGAAGAUCAUGCCUGGGUGGCGUUUGGGAAGGACGGCACUGAGACAGCAGAGGUUACCUGGCAUGGGAAGGGUAAUGAGGAUAAACGAGGCCGCCCUGUUGAUUUCGACGAGACCACCUCGCACAGCUGGCUAUAUCUUAGUGGUUACCCUGUGAAAUGCACCAGACACAUGGAGGUCGCUUCUAUGGUAUCGUCCAUUAAUCCAGCCAUCACAAAUACCAGUGACAGUGUAGAACUGGCUGAUCUACAGCAGCAACUUUUAUGGUUACUCUAUGACCAAGGCCACCUUAAAAGAUAUCCCUUGGCAUUGGGAAAUCUUGGCGACUUACAAGAAAUAACACUGACCCCUGGCCGACCAUCUGCAGAAGAGAUUCUGAAAGAAGGCAUCAAAGUGAACCAAACUCUGUACAAGGACCAGCACAUCUACCCAUACACCUACCUUGGUGGAUAUUAUUACAGACAGAAGCAAUAUUUGAAGGCCAUUGAGUGCUGGGUGAAAGCUGCGUAUGUUGCCGGAAAGGUGGCCGACUUAUUUUCAAUUGAUAGAUAUCCCUUGGCAUUGGGAAAUCUUGGCGACUUACAAGAAAUAACACUGACCCCUGGCCGACCAUCUGCAGAAGAGAUUCUGAAAGAAGGCAUCAAAGUGAACCAAACUCUGUACAAGGACCAGCACAUCUACCCAUACACCUACCUUGGUGGAUAUUAUUACAGACAGAAGCAAUAUUUGAAGGCCAUUGAGUGCUGGGUGAAAGCUGCGUAUGUUGCCGGAAAGUACAACUAUUCAAAAGGAGAUGAGGAGAUGUUCAAAGAAUUAUAUGAAAUAGCCAAUGACUUUAUCCCAAACAUCCUGAAAACAUCAUCUUCAGCUUCAGUCAAAGGUGAAAACAAUGCGGCCCCUAGGAAUCUCGACCUCACAGAAGAUCCAGGUUUUUUUGCACUUGUUCUUCAGUUUUAUGAUGGUGUUUGCUUGUGGGAGGAAGGCAGUCAUACUCCUGUGUUGCAUGCUGAUUGGGCGAAGAAACUUGUGCAGUCCAUUUCAAGAUUCUCGCCAAGUUGUAGAUCUGCGUUGUCGACUUCACGAGCAGGAACAGUUGUUGUGACGAAGUCUGUGGAGCCCCCCAAAAAUGACUUGCCUGAAAUAAAGGCACCUGUUAGUGGCACCACCUCUUCAUCCUCUUUUAAUGAGAAGCUUGAAAACAGCAACUCGGCAUCAGCUAGUGUAGAAAACUCUAAAGAACGAGUGGUGCUUAAUCUUAGAAGUCAAAAAAUGAGAGGAAUGAGAGAUCUGCUGACAACAAGUGGUAAAAUAAACACCAGUGCAAUCAAACUUCAGCUAACAGCCCAAUCACAAGUGAGCGUGCCGAAGAGCAGAAGGAGGUCAUCGUUUAAAACCGACGACUAUGUUUAUGACUUUGGGGAGGAAGGCGAGGGGGAGGAUGAGGAGGAGGAGGAAGAAGAAGAAGAGGAAAGGAGACCAAAGAAAGCCAUGAAAGCAGAUUGGGACUUUGUAGCAUACUUAUUUUCAAUUGAUAGAUAUCCCUUGGCAUUGGGAAAUCUUGGCGACUUACAAGAAAUAACACUGACCCCUGGCCGACCAUCUGCAGAAGAGAUUCUGAAAGAAGGCAUCAAAGUGAACCAAACUCUGUACAAGGACCAGCACAUCUACCCAUACACCUACCUUGGUGGAUAUUAUUACAGACAGAAGCAAUAUUUGAAGGCCAUUGAGUGCUGGGUGAAAGCUGCGUAUGUUGCCGGAAAGUACAACUAUUCAAAAGGAGAUGAGGAGAUGUUCAAAGAAUUAUAUGAAAUAGCCAAUGACUUUAUCCCAAACAUCCUGAAAACAUCAUCUUCAGCUUCAGUCAAAGGUGAAAACAAUGCGGCCCCUAGGAAUCUCGACCUCACAGAAGAUCCAGGUUUUUUUGCACUUGUUCUUCAGUUUUAUGAUGGUGUUUGCUUGUGGGAGGAAGGCAGUCAUACUCCUGUGUUGCAUGCUGAUUGGGCGAAGAAACUUGUGCAGUCCAUUUCAAGAUUCUCGCCAAGUUGUAGAUCUGCGUUGUCGACUUCACGAGCAGGAACAGUUGUUGUGACGAAGUCUGUGGAGCCCCCCAAAAAUGACUUGCCUGAAAUAAAGGCACCUGUUAGUGGCACCACCUCUUCAUCCUCUUUUAAUGAGAAGCUUGAAAACAGCAACUCGGCAUCAGCUAGUGUAGAAAACUCUAAAGAACGAGUGGUGCUUAAUCUUAGAAGUCAAAAAAUGAGAGGAAUGAGAGAUCUGCUGACAACAAGUGGUAAAAUAAACACCAGUGCAAUCAAACUUCAGCUAACAGCCCAAUCACAAGUGAGCGUGCCGAAGAGCAGAAGGAGGUCAUCGUUUAAAACCGACGACUAUGUUUAUGACUUUGGGGAGGAAGGCGAGGGGGAGGAUGAGGAGGAGGAGGAAGAAGAAGAAGAGGAAAGGAGACCAAAGAAAGCCAUGAAAGCAGAUUGGGACUUUGUAGCAUACUGAGUUUUAGUAUUACAUUCAUGUGGUUUGUUGUUAUUCACAGGAAAGAAAAUAGUAUUAAUAUUAUCAGAAGUACUCUUAUGUGCAUUUUAAUGACAUACAAACCUUGCUCACUUUUGACUGCGGUCGCUCAUCAUAGUGAAACUCUCAGGAAACAGUCACUGGGCACAAAAGGUCAGAUUUUGAUCCAGUAAUGUUUGUUUGUUUGUUUCUUUUUCACUAUGAUUAUGAUUGACGACAGAGAAAAAUGCAACUAUUGAUAAUUAGGUGUUGACCUUCUUUGUUCCUGAGCUAUCAAAAUGCACAAUACGGAAAAUGAAAAGGUGAGGAAUGUAAAAACAAUUCAACCACAUGUAAGCACUUGACUCAGCUUACAUGUAUAGUCUAAACAGGUGAAGCCACUUCAAGUUGUAAAGAAAUGAUUGAGAAGUUCAUUGUGAAGUGACUACAUGAGUUUUUAAAACCUUCACUCCUCCUACAAUGGUUUCGAAAUGAGCCAUUAUUUAAGUCCCAUGGUGACUGAUUGUGUGGCUAGACUGCUAUAAGGAUGGCCAGCUAUUGUUUCUAUGUGGUAGAUGUUAAAUCAAGAGAUGUGAGUCUGAGUGUUAGAUAGCAUCACUGUGUGAUUUGCGUGUUAGUGGAUGCUCACUGUGCCAGUAAUGUUUUAACAGGAAGUGAUCAAGUAAAGGAACAAUAUUCUGGAGUACCUUGCAAGGGAUAGCAUCCCUUCCAGGGGUUAGCAAUAUACCUGGUCUUUUUGUGCCACAGAAACCAGGAUAUGCCUUUGUUCCAUGUGAUUAUGAACUCAUUUUUUUCAACGUCAAAAUACUUUACCAUCUUUUAAAAAAAAAAAAUAAGAUGAGAGUUAUCAAACCUCUGUUAAAAGGUUUACAAAAAAGUGAAAAGCAUGGCCAUAUUACCGCUAGACCUACACUGUAAUUAGUCUUUUUUGCCCCAUUGUACUGUUGUGUGGAGUACAUUAACUGACUUAAUUUGAUUGGCUAUUACCUAUUUUGGGAAGGGGGACUCAAUAAGUUUUGAUUGUUUUUAGGGGGAGGGCUUUUAAAAAUGAGUGGGAAUCAAAUAGGUCCUAAGAGGAUUUAACAAAUUAGUAUUUUACUGUAAUAGUAUUAUAUUUUGACAGCUUUCAUUUUCCACUUAUUAUUCACUAGCUAGGCCAGUUUUAGAUGACAGUCAUAAGCAUUUUACAAUGUAUUUUACUGGUAAUUUUGUAUACUGGACAUUUUACCUGAGCCAUUCUAUGUAGUCAUCAUUUACCUAAGUAAUAUUAUUAUUAAUUUAUUAUAUGGCAAGUUAGUCUUGAGGUAAAACUGAGUGUUCUGAUUGGUUCUUUCUUGAUUGGGAUUUUGCUACAUGGACUGUUUCCAUAGGAAUGGCCAUAAGCCAUGUAUUUUUUGUGUUUGAAACCUUGCAAAUUCAAGUCCCAAAUGCCAUGUAAUAAACUAGUUACUAAUAAACCUAGUUUGCUUGAGCCGUACUGGAGAAUGUUUGCCCAUGGUUAUUUUUGAAUGGACCACAUUGUGCUCGGUCUGUACUGCCACAACCUGGGGCAAAUAUUCCCCAAUAUGUCCCGGGCAUUCAGUUAGUAAGAGGUCUAACUUACUAGAGAAGUGUUCAACUGUCAAUCAUUUAAAUAUUUACUAUUUUAAUGCUUACCCUGUAUUCCUGAAGUUUAACGACACAUUUAAUAUAAACAAAUAAUUACCAACACAUUUAAUAUAAUGGUGGAUAUAUUCGUUAUCAGCCUUACUUUUUACUGGACAGAUAACAACUGGUUUCAAGAUUCAGAUUAUAACUUAUGAAGGAAUAUUUUUCUCCUCAAGACAAUGCCCCAAAAAUAGGGUUUGAAGUUCUUAUUCUUAUCAGGAGCAUAGUGAAAAAAAAAAUAGUGAGCUGGCUUAUAUUAGUGGAAAUCCUGCAGCCAGCUAUUGAUGUCAUGUGUAAACCCAGAAGCCCUUCGGUGGGGUGGUUGGGGAUUUUUUCUGAAGCAACCUGUUUUUAAUUUACCACAAUAAUCAAACAGUACAAAACUUACCCAGGGAAACUGAAAACAACGUCAGUCUAAGCUAAGGAUUAGGCAGUUAACAGUAGGUUGUUGGGAAUACUUUGUUUCAUGGCUCUUCCAAUGUUUUCUGAUGUACCUGGUUUUGGUAUGCUUCUAUCUCUUUGCUCAUUUAGAAAUCUUAGUCUGCUAGGUAAGCAAGAGGGAAUGUAGAACCUAACAUGUGAUCAGGCAGUUGUUUUUUGUGUGGUCGAUCCACCGCCAAAAAAAUCAGAAAAAAUGAAGAGUGCAGGUUACAUUUAACCCAGUUAUUAUUGGACUACAUACAUUUGCAUCUUAAUAUUCCUUAAAAGGCUUUUACAAAUAGAUACGCAUGUCAAGUAAUAGUCGAAGUAGCAUGUAAAGAUUGCAUAGUGUGAUGAAAGGUGAAGAUCACAAAAAGAAACAAAAUAUAGUGAUGAGUAUUUAAUUUGUCCUAAAAAUAUCUACCUGUUAUGAUAUUAGCAGGUUGCAAGAAUUUAGCAACUCAUCUGUCACCUUUACAUAUCAUUAGGCCGGGGGUGAUCAAGUGAAUAUUUCAUGUCCGGCUACGUACUGAAGGCGUAAUUACAUUGUAUCAAGUAUGAAAUUUGAAGUGUUAUUCAGGUUAUUUUCAUAUUCUUGAACAUAUUACAGUGUGACUGACUUUGAAAUAAAAAAAAUCAAAACUUUGUUGUA